AUGUCAUCCUCUCUUCUUUCCAAAUUUUUCUUUUUCAUCAUUUUUUUCUUCUUCUUUUUUGUGUUUCCGAAUUUUUUUCUUUUUUUUCUUUUUCGUGUUUCCAAAUUCUUCUUUUCCACUUUCUCCUAUUUUUAUCUUUCUUUUUUGCCUUUUUGUGUUUCCAAAUUAUUAUUAUUAUUAUUAUUGAACCUCCUCCUCGCCUUCUUCUUCUUAUUUACUCGCCUUAUAUAUCUUCUAAAUUACUACGACUUUUUACAUCUAUCUCUCUCUCUCUCUAUCUCUCUCUCUCUCUUUCUCUCUCUCUCUCUCUCUAUCUAUCUAUCUAUAUAUAUAUAUAUAUAUAUAUAUACGAAGACUACAGUCUUUUUUCUCAUUCCACGUGACUCCCAUUUCCCGACCCUUAACAACCGCCAUCUUAAAUCGUCUUCUGUUUCACCUUCUUUUCUGUCCGUUUGUUUUCCUUAUUGUCGGCAGGCGUAUCUUUUCUUUUUCUUUUUUGACGCAUCUUACCGACUCGGGGCUCGCUCACCUCCCUCCCACCAUCAAACAUGUCACUUCGCCAUUCCAUCGCGCCCCCCCUUUUUUUUCGUAAGUCGUUCUUGUUCCCUUUUACUGGCUUCCUACAUUCAUCAUGCGUUUCGUUUUCUUUCUUUCUUUUCUUCUUUCUUUAAUUUCCUCUUUUUUUUUCUGCUUUCUUUCAUUCUUUCUUUUUUCUUUCUGUCUUUCUUGCUUGCUUUUCUUGCUUUUCCUUUUUUCCUUUCUUUUUUCUUUUCUUUCUUUCUUUCUUUCUUUCUUUCUUUCUUUCUUUCUUUCUUCUGGUAUCGUUCUUCUUUCUUUCUUUCUUUCUUUCUUUCUUUCUUUCUUCUAGUAUCGGUCUUUCUUUCUUUUCCUCUUUCUUCCUUUCUUUUCUUUUCUUUCUUUCUUUCUUUCCUUCUUUCUUUCUUUCUUUUGGUAUCGUUCUUUCUUUCUUUUACUCUUUCUUUCUUUCUUCCUUUCUUUCUUUCUUUAUUUUCCGCUUUCUUUCGUUCUUUCUGUCUUUCAUUCAUUCUUUCUUUCUUUUCCUCUUUUUUCUGUCUUUCUUUCCGCUUUCUUUUGCUAUCAUUAUUUAUUUUCCUUUCUUUCUUUUUUCUUUCUUUCUUUCUUUCUUCUGGUAUCGUUCUUUCUUUCUUUCUUUCUUCUGGUAUCGUUCUUUCUUUCUUUCUUUCUUUUCCUCUUUCUUUCUUUCUUUCUUUCUUUCUUUCUUUCUUUCUUUCUUUCUACCUUCCUUUCUUUCUUUCUUUCUUUCUUUAUUUUCCGCUUUUUCUUCUUUCUUUCUUUUCUUCUUUCUUUCUUUUCCUUUUUCUGAGAAUUAUUUUACACUCUACAACCUCUCUCUCUCUCCCUCUCUCCCUCUCCCGCUCUCUCUCUCUCCCUCUCCCGCUCUCUCUCUCUCCCUCUCUCUCUCUCUCUCCCUCUCCCGCUCUCUCUCUCUCCCUCUCCCGCUCUCUCUCUCCCUCUCUCUCUCUCCCUCUCCCGCUCUCUCUCUCUCCCCCUCUCUCCCUCUCCCGCUCUCUCUCUCUCUCUCUUACAGGCGGGACUACCUGGCCACAUGGUGUGUCGAUGGUCCUUCUAAGGAAUACCAAGCUGCGUUCUUACACGACUGUCAUUCUGAGGACGAACAGGCUACACCAGCACUGUCUACGCCGGUCCUUUCUCUUCAAAAACGCCGACGAACAUCCGGGGAUCGAUUGGACCUCGAAUACCGCUGUUUCAUUUGCCUGCCUCCGAGCUGCCGCCUUGAACCCCAAAACGAUCCUUCAACUGGCACUCCUUGACUUCACGAUCGAACUACACCAAACAAUUCCUUCGGAACGCACACGCACACACUGGAAUGUGCACAUCCCUAUCUAUCUAUCUAUCUAUCUAUCUAUCUAUCUAUCUAUCUAUUUCAGUCUGUUCACUUCUAUCUAUCUAUCUAUCUAUCUAUCUAUCUAUCUAUCUAUCUAUCUAUCUAUCUAUUUCAGUCUGUUCACAUCUAUCUAUCUAUCUAUCUAUCUAUCUAUCUAUUUUAGUCUGUUCACAUCUAUCUAUCUAUCUCUCUAUCUAUCCAUCUAUUUAUUUCGGUCUGUUCACAUUCUAUCUAUCUAUCUAUCUAUCUAUCUAUCUAUCUAUCUCAGUCUGUUCACAUCUAUCUAUCUAUCUAUUUCGGCCUGUUCAGUAUCUAUCUAUCUAUCUAUCUAUCUAUCUAUCUAUCUAUCUAUCUAUCUAUCUAUCUAUCCCAGUCUGUUCAUAAGUAUCUAUCUAUCUAUCUAUCUAUCUAUCUAUCUAUCUAUCUAUCUAUUUCGGCCUGUUCAGUAUCUAUCUAUCUAUCUAUCUAUCUAUCUAUCUAUCUAUCUAUCUGAUUAUGUUCAUUCUCGACUGGUCCCCUCUAUACAGUCUUACUCUGUUCAUAUCUCUCUUUCUCUCUCUCUCUCUAUCUAUCUAUCUAUCUAUCUAUCUAUCUAUCUAUCUAUCUAUCUAUCUAUCUCAUUCUUUUCAUAUCUAUCUCAGUCAGUUUAUAUCUAUCUAUAUAUCUAUAUAUCUAUCUAUCUAUUUCAGUCUGUUGAUAAGUAUCUUUCUACCUAUCACUAUCUAUCUAUUUCAGUCUGUUCCUAUCUAUCUAUCUAUCUAUCUAUCUAUCUAUCUAUCUAUCUCAGUCUGUUCAUAUCUAUCUAUCUAUCUAUCUAUCUAUCUAUCUAUCUCAGUCUGUUCAUAUCUAUCUAUCUAUCUAUCUAUCUAUCUAUCUAUCUAUCUAUCUCAGUCUCUUCAUAUCUAUCUAUCUAUCUAUCUAUCUAUCUAUCUAUCUAUCUAUUACGACAUACAUUUUAA